AUGGCGCAACAGCCUGUCGACCUCAAAGCAGUACGUGAGCAUCUUAACGCACUGGAGUCUACAUCAAAAGCCUUCGUAGACAUCUGGGAUUCGAAAGUGUCGCCGAACUUCGAUCAAGAUCUAAGAGAUAUUGUCGGAUAUGAUUGCGGCUACGUACUCGGGAACCACCCUGGAAAGGGAAACGGCACCAGAGUUGUCGAGGUUAUGACGCCCAAGGAGCUUCCUGGAGACACCAGUAACAAGAUCCGGAGCAAGAUCUUGUUGUAUUUUGCGGAAUCCAAAGAGCUUCAUGGCACAAUCACGGUCGAGUUUUGCAUCGGGCAUGUCGGGGGUGCUGCAGGCGCACUCGCUUCGAGUCAGGACGCAGAUAACGAGCUGAAGAAGCCUCGAAACUGUCGCAAGCACAGCGAGAGACUGCUUGGGGAUUCUGUCAGCUUUGAAGAGAGCGAUUGCGCCGCAACCCUUGGACCAGCUAUCAGACUCGGCGGCUGUAAUGGCUGGAUUGUCAACUGGCAUAUGUUCCAUGGUAUUGAGAAUUGCAAAGAGCUGGAUAAUCCGUACCCGGUGCCGCGCUACGGUUUGUUCCACCCAGCCUACAUUGAUUGCAACGAGGACGAGGGACCACUACAGAUUGGGGAGCUUCAGGCUUACUCAGGACGGAUGUACAGAACAACUCGUCCAUCGAGAUCUCUAAGCCAUUUUGCGCCAAGUGUUCAGGGAGAAUGCAAGCCAACUACGCAAGUAGUUACGGAUUGGGCCUUUUGCAAAGCCGAGAAAAAUGAAGUUCAGAACUGUCUUCGAUAUGCACCAUCGGGUAUCGAGGUUGAUGAUCGUUCGGACCCAAUCCCAGGAGCCUUUGUGCAACGCCCCCAACUGCAGAUUGUCCAGACAACUGGCCGAAGUAGUGGAUUUCGAUAUGCUGUGGUAUGCGAGACACCUGCCAAAGUCCGCCAAUACCCACAUAUGCCUACCCGGGAAUGGUGUUUGAUGAACCUUGGAGAUCUCAUGCUGGUCGAAGACUGGAAUUCCGAGGGUCCCGGUGUGUGCGGUGACUCGGGUGCGGCCGUAGUGCAUGAUGAGACGGGAGAACUCAUCGGCCAAAUAUGGGGUCGAAAUGUUUACGAAGGUCACCGGCAAACUCCCAGGGUGACAUACUUCACACAUCACUGGGACAUUUUCGACGAUAUCAGUGAGAGAUAUCCCACUUUGGAGGGCCCCUCCCUCAUCCUCAAGCCGAUGUGCCAUCCCUCGACUAGAGCGAAUGUAGGAGAUGGAGCUCCCGACCCUUCAAAUAUGGAGGCCGACGAGAGGACUUUGAAUCCAUCGCGACCGCGGAGCCGGGCAUGUUCGUCCUCGGGUGGUGCCGAUGGAGUAGUUGAAUCCUUCUCUCAGUCAACUCUAGCACAGAGUGUGACUAAUUCGAUAGGAUCUGGUGAAGGCAAGGCAAAGGAGACCUAUGUUGGAAAGGCUUUGGAGGGCGAAAUGGGAUGCGGACAACGAGACUCUCAUUCCCGUACUGCUGCUAGAACCUCGGCGGAUGAUGACACCGAUGUACUGGUAAUGCGACGGAGCUCGGCGAUGGUGACAGCUUAA